GUCAUCGGCGCGCAGCAGUACGAGCGCCUCUGAUUGGCUGUUGUUGGCGGUGACCUGGCAACCAAGCGAGGGUUAACAGACGCUUAUUUAUUCUGCAGGAUCUUCAGAGAGCAAAGAUCGCGUCUUUUUAUUGACAACCUGUGAUUGCUUCCCGAUACUAGCUGCUCUACAUCUCCAGAGAGGAUGUCGACGCGAACGCUGCCUCUGCUCUUCAUUAAUCUGGGUGGAGAAAUGCUCUACAUCCUGGAUCAGCGCCUGCGGGCUCAAAAUAUCCCAGCAGAUAAAGCGAAGAAAGUUAUGAAUGAUAUCAUUACCACCAUGUUCAAUAAGAAGUUCCUGGAGGAGCUGUUCAAACCACAGGAGCUGUACUCCAAGAAGGCCCUGAGGACCGUGUUCGACCGACUCGCUCACGCCUCCAUCAUGAGACUCAACCAAGCUAGUAUGGACAAGCUCUACGACUUGAUGACCAUGGCAUUCAAGUAUCAAGUCCUGCUGUGUCCUCGCCCUAAAGACAUCCUCCUUGUGUCCUUUAACCACAUGGAUGCCAUCAGGGACUUUGUGAAAGACACUCCCAGCAUCCUCAGCCAAGUGGAUGAAACAAACAAACAACUCGUAGAGAUCUAUACACCUUUAUCUGGUGGAGAGUUUCAACUAAUUAGACAGACACUCCUCAUCUUCUUUCAAGAUAUGCAUAUAAGAGUAUCAAUUUUCCUGAAAGACAAAGUACAAAACUCCAAUGGGCGAUUUGUUCUCCCCACAUCAGGCCCUGUUCCAUAUGGGACGAACGCCCCAGGACUCAUAAGAAUGUUUAGCUGUAGUGGUGAGGAGGUGAGAAGGAUGCAGUUCCGUGACGGUGGCAAUUACUGCGGCGCUCUCCGUGAGGGUUCUUUUGAAAUGUAUGGUGAUCGAGUCAUCAAACUGGGCACAAACAUGUACAGUGUGAGCCGCCCUGUUGAGACACACAUGUCUGGAACCUCCAAAAACUCCUCACAGCACACCAAGGUCAACACAACUCCGAAUCCUUUGGCAAAAGAAGAGCUGAACCUGCUUGCUAGACUAAUGGGAGGUCUGGAGGUGCAGAAAUCAGCUAACACUGACUCUGGCUUCCGUGUGAACCUUUUUGCCACUGACGAAGAGGAAGAGGAAGCUUUGAUAUCAAGACCGGAUGAGUUUUCCUAUGAAGUUAUUAAUAUCCAGGCAACAAAGGACAAACAGACCAAUGCAGAGCUGGCUAAGAUCAUGGGGGAGUUUGGAGAAACGGGAGAACCCGCCCCCAGUUCCAGCAGCAAGGGCGACGACCUCCUGGCCAUGAUGGAUGGACUGUGACUUAAACUUGAUGUUCCCUUUGACUGAGCAGAGAGACUGAGCUGUUAAGCAGGAUAAAGUGCUACAAUGUCUUACUCAGCAAAGAGGCCUUUUGCCUGGAUCUACAGUGACAACCGUAUAUAUUUAGAACGACAGCUAAGCUCAACAAGAAAGCCUCUCUUUGUGAAUUUCACACAAUUUUUGUCUCCUGCCACCCACCGAAUGUGAGAAAUGCAAAUAGCAGGUGUAGAAAUGUAAUAUGCGUCUUGCUGUGGGACCAUAUUUACUUUUUCACAUGCAUUCCGUCAAGUUACUUUGGACCUACUGAGGUGGCACAGGCCGUAUCAUCACGUAUUUCAGCGAAUGGUUUGAUAUCAGUCUUCACAGAAACGUCUGCGAGGCUUUGAUGUCACAGACACUUCUGUGACAUUUAGAUCAGUGGACAGAAUAAAACGCCUUUUCUGGACUGUCUUAGUUGUCUAAGAGGACAAUCCGUGCACGUGGAAUUCAUUUAAAUCUGUUUGAUGUGCAACCGAGAAGUGCAGGAUAUGCAUCCACACAACAAGCGCUGAUUAAGACAGGGUAAUGGAGGAAACCGAAGUGCACUUGCAGUAAAUAUUUAGUACAGAUCCCAAAACUGGUUUACAGGAAGCCCCAGGACAAUUGAUGUGUGUAUGUUUUUGUCUUUAUGUAAAGGGAGUGCAACAAAGUCAGGUAUUUCAAGCUCAAGAAAUUAAAAUGUCUUAGUGUGCAAUUGUUGCAUUAUGGAAAGGGACAAUGUAUACAUGAAACCACCUCCAUGGAAAGAAAGCAAUAUGUAUGGUGGAUGAAAUUGUUUAUUUUUCAUAACCAUAAUAGAGCUUAUUUAUUGAGGUUAAUGUACUGAAUGUUCAUUUGUGUCUGUUUACGGUUACAUUAAAAUAGAUUUGAAUGUGAAAUAAAGUAGAUCUUUUUGCAAAUAA